AUGUUUGUCUAUGAUACUUGUGGUGUUCGGGAUAUUUCGAAAUCUAUAACCGGGGUUGAGAAAUUUGGAGUUACUAGAAUUCGACUAACUCGAUCUUUUGUUUUUGCGAAUAUGCAAGCUGCAAAUGAAUUCGAAGAGCAAAGAUCCAGAUUCUUUAAUGAUAAUGAGACAAAAGAUGAUUAUAUGGAAGUUAGGGAGGGGAUGGAUUUAUCGGAAGUCGCGUUCAUCGAGGAACUCUUGGCAUUCAAUAGCCCGACACCUCCUUGGUUCCUGCAUCCGAUUGUUUUCUGGGCGUUAUCGAUUUGUGUGCUGAGUUGGCCGUUGAGGAUUUAUACGGAGUGGAGGACGGCGGUGUUGCCGUAUCAAGUUAUCAAAUUGUUUGGAACACAUUAUUUGAGGUGAGAGUUGGCUUUUUGUUCAACAUUCAACACCAUUCUGUUUUUUUUUCAGCCCAUCUUCUAUCAACUACAGUGGUCCGCUUACCCGAACCUCCACUAUUGAUACAAUUGAACUUGAAGCUCUGAUCCGCCGCGAGCAACACUUUGUGGUCCCAUCGUAUAGCGAAGUAAUGCUUAUGCAGAACACCGCCGCAAACUCGACCACUAACUAUCCGGUGCUUCGACUUCCCCGUGAGCCCUUGAUCCAUCCAAGGCCAUUUAUUCCGACCACCAAUGAGCACAUUGUGGUUAGAAACUAUGGAGCAACGGAGGAACAGGUGAUACCAGCAGAGCAGAAUGCCCGACCGCAGAUGAGAAUCAGUCAAAGUAUGAACUUCGACGGUGUGGCUCCGAAAAAAGAUCGAAAUCGUCGAUCACUCCGUCGACCCGCUCGAUCUCUAUCAAUCAGUGGAUUCUCGGCAUGGUCAAAUGGUUAUCGAGAGAUCGGAGAGGAUACCGAGCUGGUGAUUGAACGCGAUGAGCCUCCACCUCCGUAUGAAGUGGCGUUGCGAAUGUGUGCACCGAUCUAUGAGCGAUUGCGAAGAUCGAUAUCUUCUCGAAUGGCGUCGAUUUCGCAAUCAAGCAGCAAAGAUCUGAAACCACUAGAUCCAUGA